AUUAUAUGCUGGGACCUUUGUCGGCACCAUCCUUUGCGGGGAGCAACCUUCGGCCAUACGAUCAAGGACAGUACGGCAGAGUGCGACAACUAGAUUGCGGUCUUUCCUCCGCACCCAAUUUGCACAGCAUGAGUAUCAUGGAAUACAAUGGCGGCUCCGUCGUCGCGAUGGUCGGCAAGAAUUGUGUCGCCAUUGCCUGCGACCUGCGACUGGGCCAGCAGGCCAUGUCGGUCGCUUGCAACUUUGACAAAGUGUUUUCCAUCACUCCACACACGUACGUCGGCCUGCCAGGCCUCGCAUCGGACACAGAGACGCUCCGCCAGACCUUCCGGCAUCGGAUCAACAUGUACAAGAUGAAGGAGGAGCGCACGAUCCAACCCGAGACGUUUGCCAAGCUCGUCAGCAGCACGCUGUAUGAGCGUAGAUUUGGGCCGUACUUUGUUGAGCCCGUCAUCGCGGGUAUCAACACUGAGACCAACGAGCCGUUCAUCGCCGCAACAGACCUCAUUGGCUGCAUCAACUUUGCAAAGGACUUCGUCGUCAGCGGGACUGCCAGCGACAAAUUGUUCGGAAUGGCAGAGGGCCUAUGGGAGCCCGAUCUGGAGCCUGAAGAUCUCUUCGAGACUGUAUCGCAGACGCUGCUCGGCGCGCUAGAGCGCGAUGCGCUAAGCGGAUUGGGCGCCAUCGUCCGAGUGAUCACCCCGGAUAAGGUCAUCGAGCGAACAUUGCGUUCACGAAAAGAUUAAGGCCAUGACUCGACCAGAGAACACUCUUUGUAUCACUAGCACAAGACAAUAGCAUUCUUGGGCGAUUGCAUCUA